UGUACGACACAUUGCAGCAAACAGUAGGUGAGAGUACGAGUACCUACCUAAGAGCAAAAGCAGUCGAAGAAGAAAUCGAGUCGACGGAAACGGAAUGGAUUCAAUGUUUGACUUCAUCCUGAACUUCCAUGGUUGUCAUACAUUUUGCUUGCUUGCUAGGUCUUGCAGGUCUUACUGGGUAUUACGUUGUAGUGGCAUCGUGCUCCAGCCUCUAUGUAGCCCUCUACACACACACAGACACACUAGACUCUGGCAUCUGGCAUCUCAUAAUCCCUGACCUUUUGAGGGUUCUCUUAUUCCAUGCCGGUGUCGAUCACUUUCCUCACACGAACCUACAACCAAUCCAAGACUUAAAUGGGAUAGGGCACCAAUAUCCAAUUCGUGGGUACUCGGAAAUUGUCAGAUUAAUAUAGAGAUCCCACCCGGAUAUCUCCUUUGAAUAUCUCUAUCUCU